GUGUUUUUGUGUCGAACCAGAGACGAACUGUUUGCACCUCUAGCAAAAAGUCAAGGACGGUGGAAAAUCCAAAGUUGAGGACAGGAAUCUCAUGUGGGAUUAGAUUUGGGCAAUCUAAUAAGUUGUCCACUUCGCUCAAAUUGGAUCAUGCGGUGGUGAAUUUAAGGGGAAUCAUUGGAGAGGCAGGGAGGGUCGCUUUUUCUUCUCGCCCUUCUUCAGUCUUCGCGUCCGUCUCCCUCUGGCAGAGAUCCCAAAAUCUUGCCCUCUCUCUCUCUGUUGCAGGCACUUUGAUGGAUUCGAAGGUGCCGCUAGAGGUCGCCGAGCUUCACCAGGAUAAGGGGGAAGGCGCCACGGUGUCGCCAGCGUCACAAAGCAGUGACCUUUCGCCAUCCACGGGCAUGGCGGUGGCGGGGGAGCAAAGGCGGCAUCUUGCGCCCAAGAGGUGCUCCAACAAGGACCGCCACACCAAAGUUGACGGUCGGGGAAGAAGGAUCAGGAUGCCCGCCCUGUGCGCCGCCAGGGUGUUCCAACUUACACGGGAAUUGGGGCACAAGUCUGACGGGGAGACCAUCCAAUGGCUCCUCCAGCAAGCGGAGCCGUCAAUCAUCGCCGCCACAGGCUCCGGAACCAUCCCGGCGUCGGCUCUCGCCACAGCCGCCGCUGCUGGCUCCACUGCCUUUGCCGGGCUCCAACCAAAGUUUGACGAGAUUGAGCAUGGAAGCGCCUCCGUAGUGCGCGCUAACUGGGCCAUGAUUGGGCCUGCAGGCCUCCCUAGGUCUCACCCUGGCUUCUGGCCGCCACCAGGCGGUGGAUUCAGUUCCGGAUUCUUGCAUUCGAUGGCGGCUGCCCCAUCAAGCUCGAACCUUGGGUCCGCAGGCGCUGGAGAUGGUUCCGCCGGCAACUUCAUGCACAGGAUGGGGAUGCAUGGGCUGGAAUUGCCCAUCCCCAACGUGGGAGCAAUGAGUUUCGCAUCGAUGCUUGGAGGCCAUGGACAACAGCUACCCGAUCUGGAGCUUGGCCUCUCUCAAGAUGCCCAAAUUGGGGUUUUGAAUCCCCAUGCCAUGAGCCAGUUUUAUCAGCAGAUGGUGCCCGGGAGGUUGGCUGCUGGCGCCGAUGGUGGCCGGCAGCUGCAGCAACAACAUCAACGACCUCCGCCACCCCCUCAUCAGGAGGAGGAGGAGGAAGAUUCACAGGAUGGGUCAGAACACUAAGAAGGAGGGCAUUCAAGCUGCGAAAUUCAAGCUUUGGCUUCCUUUGAUUCCUUUUCUACUUUGUUUGAAUUCAACUAGAAAAAGCAAGAAAGAUGGACAAUUCGACUUCAUUCAUUGAAGUGUAACAGUGGUUUGAUCUUCCUGCCCAUCCUUUCUCUGCAACCUUCACUAUGGUUUUCAAGCUCAGGUGUGCAAUAACAGAGCUUGACAUAUCGACCGGAAGCCCGAUCUCUUGUUUAUCAAGAUUAACAUGGAGAUAACAUGAGUUCAAAAGGGAACUUGUGAGCAUCUCGGUGGGCAAGUUGUGAUAUUGUUAUUCUUGAGAGGAAAUAACUCUUGUUGUAGACAGUUUCAUCGAUACUUUUUUGGAAAUAUUGUUGUGAAUUGGUGCAUUAAGUUGGCUUGUUUUGAUAGAAAUGUGUAUGAUGCAUAUGAAUUUCGAGAAGUAGAUGUUGCUAUUAUGGGAAUCAUCAAAGGACGCUCCUUUUUGCUCUA